CUCAUUCCUUCAAUCCUUCCUUUCUAAAGUCCUAAUGUUGCACCUCCAUCAUUUUUCAUAAAUACAAACAGAAAAAGCAUACCAUUUUAAAAUCUUUUUUUUAAAAGCUACAAAUAAAUCAAUAAUGGUAUUUACUAACUCUUCUUCUUCACAAUCUCAUCAUAAUCAAGACCAAAACGACGACAUUUCAGUUUUCCUCCGGCAAAUUCUCCACCGUUCAUCACCAUCUUCUAUUCUUCAACCGCAACCUAUCACCGGUCCUUCCCCGAUUUUCUCCAGUUCGCACCGAAUCUCCCAUGAAUAUCUAAGCGGUGUCAUUUUGCCACCUUCCAAUGGCUGCUUUUCUGUUCCGGCUGGUUCGAAUUUGUCGGCUGAGUCUCUUUCCGAUUCGGUUCAAUUACCAAGUUCAGACAAUAAUGAUUUUGCUGAAGAUAACGAGUGUAACAGCCAGGAAGGGAAUGAAGUGGUGGUGGAAGAGGCGGAAGCGGCGGAGAAACAAUCACAGUCGCGCAAUCAGUCUAAGAGAAGUAGGGCUGCUGAAGUUCAUAAUUUAUCUGAAAAGAGGAGAAGGAGUAGGAUUAAUGAGAAGAUGAAAGCAUUGCAGAAUCUAAUUCCUAAUUCUAACAAGACGGAUAAGGCUUCAAUGCUGGAUGAAGCUAUUGAAUAUUUGAAGCAGCUUCAAUUGCAGGUUCAGAUGUUGUCACUGCGGAAUGGAUUAAGUUUGCACCCUACAUGUCUACCUGGAGGACAAGAAAUUUUGCACCCUUCUCAGCUUUCUCAAUUAGGGAUUAAUUUUGAUAAUAGCAGUGGUUUCUAUGAUAUUAGCAUGCCGCCAAAUGCGCUAAAUUCAAUACCCGAUACAUCAAAUACUAUUCCAAAUCUCUCCAACCAAAAUAAUUCCUCAGCAAAACCCUCUUUACCUGUUUCAUUUGGUGGUACCAACUCAGUAGGCAUGUCAUUUAGCACUGAAUCAUGUAUGCCUGCUAGCAUCCGUCCAUUUCAACCUCGGAAUUCUCCCCAGGCUGUUUGCAGCGAACAAGCCAUUUCAAGCUCAGUUGUAGAUCAGACAAGGCCAGGGCACAAUCCCGUGCAGCAGAUGCAGCAAAAACACGGGUCAGAAGAGACCUUUGUUGAGAAUAUAUCAGCACCAAACCAGCUGAUUUCCAGUAACUUCAGCGGGUUGCUUGCAACAACUAGUGGCGCCGAAUUGACAAGCUGACAAAUAAAGAGAUGGGCACUAAAAUCAUCUAGUAUGACAAAACAUGGUUGUCGACUCAUCGUAGAUUAACAUUAACUUGGUUUGUAAUUUACUUUCUCUCCUUUUCUCUUGCUUUGUUGAUAGUUAGCUGCCCAUAUUGGUUAUGUCAAAUUUCCCUUUCAACAACUUAAUAAUGUAAUAAUCUUAUCUUAUGAACUAAUUAUGGAAAUUACAUUAAUCCAGUUUAAGAAAAUCAAAGUGUCACAUGCUGCACAUUGGUGACGUGAUUAAAUUGUUAUUUUGUACAAUCAACCCAUACCUUUCCUGCCCUACAUUAUUAUGUUUUUGCUUUGAGAUUGUAUGUUUUAAAAUUUAUUAUGUCGGGUAGGUUACUUGUGCCUUCCUAGGGUAAGAUAAGCCUAUCUUUUAAUAUUGAUGUUUCUACUUGAAACAGAAAUUAUUUUUUUAAUCUUUCUUAUGUAUCUUAUGUUGUUUUGAAUAAUAUUAAUAUUUAUGUACUUUUUGUUGUCAUUUAGAG